GGGGGGGGGGGGGGGGGAUUCCUGAGGAUUGCCCGUCAUGCCCCGCGGGUAAAGAUGGCGACAGCUGAGCCGAGCAGCAGAACUUUCUCCGAGCGGUUCUGAGCGGGUUUCUAUCCGCCUGUCGGAGCCUCUCAGCCGGCUGCGUCUCCUCCCGCCGCCCGCUGAAGCCGCCUCCUCCUCGGCUUCGGUUCUCCUCCUCGGCGGAACUCGGCACUCCUCCCCGGCCCCCUCCCUCCUCUCGCCGGAGGAGGCGCACGGAGCUCCGGCUGAAGUUUCCUCCUCUCUCCGCUCUCCGGGAGGAACCGGACCGAGCCGCGCUAAGCGGCCUCACAGGCUGUCAGAGGCUCACAUGUCCAGAGGAGGAAGACGAGAACUAAUACUGAGAGAGCGAGGACGGACGGACACAGCAGAAAAAGACGAGGAUGAUGAAGAGCUUUCAGUGCUGAUGUAUAAGCCUCAGGUGUGUUUUUGUGGAUGACGAGUGGAGCAGCUCACACUUCAGGACUUUCAGACCGACAGGAAGUGACAUACAAAGGAAUCGGUGUGCAGGAUGACGAGUGCCGCCCCGGCCAGGAAGCCGUACCGUAAGGCUCCGCCACAGCACCGCGAGACACGCCACGGACUGGCUGUCGCUCCGCCCCCGCCUGCACCGCAGCAUGACAUCACUCAGGAGGUCUUAUCAGACUCUGAGCGGAUCAGAAUCCUCCAGCAGCAGAACGAGGACCUGCAGCGCCGCCUCUCUCUCUCCACGCACAAGAUGGACGCCAUGGAGGCGGAGUUUGACGGCAACCGCCACUACAUGGAGGCGGAGCUCAGCCGGACUAGAGACGACCUCGACAAGAUGAGGGACAAGUUCCGCAGACUCCAGAACAGCUACACGGCGUCUCAGAGAGCCAAUCAGGACCUGGAGGAGAAGCUGCACGCUCUGGCUGCCGUCAGUCAGACAUGGGUUCAUGCACUACGGAAGGUGGAGAGAGACAAAAAGACUAUGGACCAGGAGAUCGUGGAGCUCACCAACAAACUGCUGGAUGCCAAGAACACCAUCGACCACCUGGAGGAGCUCAACGAGCGGUACAGGCAGGACUGUAAUUUGGCCGUCCAGCUGCUCAAAUGCAACAAGUCACACUUCAGGAACCACAAGUUCGCUGACCUGCCGUACGAGCUGCAGGACAUGUUGAACAAACACAUGAAGAGCAGCCUGCCGGAGAGAGGCCCCGCCCCCUCUCAGGACCCGGACACGCUCAGUUUGACUCCCGCUGACGUCGUGCCGACCUCCGUCAUCGCCCGCGUCCUGGAGAAACCCGAACCGCUGGUCCUGAACUCCGCCCAGUCCAGCAGCUGCGGCCGGCCCGUCGCCGAGGACGUCUUUGUGCACGUGGACAUGACGGGCCCUGCGGGCGCCGAGGGCCACGGUCGGGAGAACAGAGGCCAGGAGGAGGCGCAGCAGAACGGUUCCUGCUGCAGUCAGAGCAGUCUGGACGGGCAGUCAGGCGGUGAGGAGGUGAGCGGGGCUCCGUCCUUCGAGAAGCUGAACCCGUACCCGCCGCCACAACCCCCCCACCCGCUGUAUCCCGGCCGCAAGGUGAUCGAGUUCUCGUCCGACGACAAGGUGAAGAUCCCGAAGAACUCGCCACUGCCCAACUGCACCUAUGCCACGCGGCAGGCCAUCUCGCUGAGCCUCGUCCAGAACGACGACGAGCGCCUCACCCCGGGCAGCCCCUCCUCCUCCUCCGGUGGGGGCACCCACCAACGCACGCCGCCGUCUCAGCGGGACGCCACCAGCGAGCCACUGUCUAGCCAGUCGAGCCCGUUCAGCAGCCCGCCGCAGGCUCCCAGUGUCAUGGCGAGCUCGGGCAGCUCUGAGGAGGACUUGCUGGCAAACUGGCAGCGGAUGUUUGUGGAGAAGAUGGCGCCGACGUGUGACGGUUCAGUGGUCCACCGCACGGCGUUCAGCAGUCAGACAGCUGAGGAGCUACAGAGGAGAAGGCCGGUGCCAGGGGGCGGGGCUUCCUCGUCCUCUGACCGCCACAGAGCGGCGUACUCGGACGGAGAGGAAGGCUCGUCAGCGCGCAGCUGGACGCCGAGUCGCGGCUCCAGCCUUGACACUGACACCGAGCCGAGGCCCGGCAGGAGGGGGCGCUACGACGGCGACGGCUCCAUGGAGGAAGGCGAGCGGCUGCUGAUGAACCUGGAGGACGAUGGCGGCAGCAGGGACACAGCGGUCACUGUGGUGACCAGCCCCACCGACACCCACAGGAAGGAGCUGCAGGAGGAGGAGGAGGAGGAGGAGGAGGAGGAAAGAGACGUUCUCUCACAUGACCUGCCUGUCAUCUCACCACGCCUCCUCGACAUCGACCCCGUCCUCACCGCCGCUGCCACCACCACCCCGCAGCGGCCGCAGAAGAGCCCGAAGAGGAUGGGCGUGCACCACCUGCACCGCAAGGACAGCCUGACCCGAGCCCAGGAGCAAGGCACACUGCUGGACUGACAGUGUUUCCACGGCAACCGACCCGCCCGUCACAGGCCGGAGGUCACGCCCAUCCAGGAUAUAGCCAUACUCUGCGUGUGUGUGUGUGUGUGUGUGGACGUCUUUGCCUUUCCUGAGCUUUUAUUUUGAAGAGACACAUUCAGUGCCUCUCUCUCACUUCCUGUCUCUCUCUCUGGUUGCGAGUACACCACCGGGCCUGAAGGUCAGACUUUUAUUUUGUUGUAGACUUCCUGUCGUGCCGUGUUAUUAUUAAGUCACACUGACUGUACCUGCAGGGGGCGUGGCCUCUCUCACCUGAAUGUAUCCACAGGUUGAUCUUUCUACGGAUGCCUGUGAGUGCCAGAAACAGGAAGCAAGAAUAGCCAACAAAAUAAAAUGCAGAUCCUGGAAGAUAAAAACUAAUUUUAUUUUGAAACUUUUUAGUCAUUAUGUUUUAAUUAACUAAUCUAAUCAGCUGUUCACAGUCCAAGGCUUUUAUUGUGAAAAGACGACAGGAUGUUUCCUGCUUUAAUUAAACUAAUUAAAACUAAAAGUCUGAUCAGGUGACUAACGAGCUGUUAAUUAAUAAUCGUGUUUCUGGCACCUCCAGCUCUCCGUACGCUGUUCUCUGAAUGUGACUCAACGCUGAUCACUGAUUGGCUGAUCACUGAUUGGCUGAUCAUUGAUUGUUUUGACAGGAAGUAAUCGAUCGGCUCAUGAUUAAUCACAAGCACCAAUCACAGGCGAGCUUCACUGCUGCUGGUGCAUGAUGGGACGAGUUGCACAAGGUUAGCCUAGCUUAGCUUAGCACAAACCCUAGCAGCAAUGAUAAUGAGCCUAAUGCUAAGCUAGGCUAACAGUGCUCUGUGGGUAUUCACUGUUUAUAAUGCUAAGCUAGGCUAACAGUUUCCAUUAGCUUGAAGCUAACACCUACAGGGGCUAGCAGUUUGUGCUAAGCUAAGUUAGCCGUGUCCAGCAGGACGUUCACAUGCGUGAAGCGUGUUUCAGAACACGUGAAGACACGAACACAACACUGCUCCUCCUCCUCCUCCUCCUCCUUGUCUUCUUCUUCGCCUCCUCCUUGUCUUCUUCUUCGCCUCCUCCUCCUCCUUCCUCCUUGUC